UGGUACCGUAAGCGAGCCGAAGCUUUCCGAAGCGAACGUGUGCGUGUUUUGCGACAAACCUACGUCGUCGUCCACCAGCACGGAGAACGGACGGUGUUGUGCUAGCAGGCGGACGCGCGGCAAGAGAUUACCCGCAUUCGGAUUGGUGAAAAGACGCGCUCGUCAGUGUGAAAAACUUCAACGUUUUGUUAAAAGAAAAACGACAACAUUAAGCAGAAGAAAAUCAACGAAACAUCAUAAAUAGCACCACCAAUCAGGCUGCGGUCCGGUUGUCUACAGUUUUGAACCAGCUGCAAAAAAAUAUUCGAACAAUUUUCUUCAUCUUUGUGUGCGAACUGUUUGCGGUGGAACGGUGGUGCGGACGACGGAAAACUUUGCGCCUGCCAAAAAAGCACCACAAACCAGACAUCGGACUCGAUUUCAGCAUUGUUCAAACAAUCUCGUCGUUAACUAAGCAGUAAACUAACCCACACGAGAGUGAGUGAUAUUGAUCGUUGUUACGUGUACCACAGCUUAGCGUUUCGGGAGUGAAAAAAGGCGUAGUGUUCAAACAAAUUUAACCCGUUGUAAAAGGAAGCACCCGAGCAAAAUGGCUGCAUUCGUCGCAAAGCAAAUGGUCGGCAAUAAGCUGAACGCAGUUAAAGGCGCUGUUGGAGGUGACGGAGGCGACGAUGAGAACGACAAAGAGAAGGAAGAGGAGGCAGAGCGCGAACGCCAGGAGGCGAUCCGUGAGGCCGAGGAGCGUCGCAAGGAGAAGCACCGCAAGAUGGAGGAGGAGCGGGAGAAGAUGCGACAGGAAAUCCGAGACAAAUAUAACAUAAAGAAAAAGGAGGAAAUUGUCGAACAGGCACCCCAGGAGGAACCAAAUCCACUGAUGCGGAAGAAGAAAACGCCCGAAGAGCUUGCGGCCGAGGCGGAACAGGAGGAUCUAGACGACUUCACGAAUGGCGAACCGUCAACCGGUAAUCGAAAGUUGAAAAACUCCAUAGAGACGCAGGUGAACGAGAUCAAGACGCAAAUCGAAGGCAAAUGCUCCUUGCAGUGAUUGUGCAACGUGCCGCGCGUGCUCUACCAACCAAGUAUUCAGUAAUAUUUGAAGACGACGACAACCGUCACAACAACACAACACCUACACACCAUAAACACAACGCGUACAGCGUGUGAGAGCGAUAUAGCAAUACUUCCAUCCCGCCCAACACGACCACCAUUUCCAUUACCAUUGCAAUGGCGCUGCAGCGAUAGUCUCCGGUGCACCACGCUGGAAACUGAAGAGGUAGUGAUCACCGUAACGAACGCAAUUAUUAUCCAACAAAUGCGUUAGAAGACCGUAAGAGUGUGUUCAGCGAAGUCACACCAGUGUGUGUGUGUGUGUGUGUCUCUGCGGAACGGCGGAUAGACAGUCAACGUCAGCGUGCCGCUCUUGGUCGCCAGCUUGAUUCGCAAUGUAAAGGGAAACUGUAUGCCUACUUCAACUACCAUCACGUACUGAACACCUGAACCUGCGUAACCGACGGAAGGCCAACAACCUUCCGCCUACACACACACACAGACACACCAACAAGGAACCACUCAACCACACUGACACGAACUUCAAUGUCGAGCGGACAACGGACGACGGACGGUAAUGGUUGGCUUUCGGGAUGGGCGCGUACAUUCCACCAAGAAGUCGUUGUGAGUAGUAUCCCAGUAUGCAAACGGGAAGAAGAGGAAAUGAUAAGUAAUAAAAAAAAUAUUCCAAAAAAUUGUUAAAAAUAUUAGGAGCUCUUUGCGAAACAAGGAUGAAAACAAGAGAGAAAAAAAAACAACCCACUUAGCGAAGUAAAUUAAAAAAAAAACAAACAAAACAAAUAAGUAAAUUAGUAGUGCAGUAUAAAGAAAACAAGUAUUGUAAUGAGUACGAAACAUUAACAACACAAAAAACCAGAAAAAAGACAAACAAAAAAUUAAACUUACAUCAGGCAACCAAUAAGCAAAAAUUGUGAUUAAUCUCCCCCUGAACAAGAACACAUACAUAAACACACACACACACACACACGAAUGCUAAAGAAAACGGCAAAAGCAAAUAAACCCAGUAGCAAAUAGCUACACUCUGUUCCUUUUCCGAUACUUUGCAAAUAAACAAAAUCUCUUUUCAUCAUCCUCUUUCCCUGUUUCCUCAUACAUUCAACGAAAGACUUACUCAAUCACACACUCACACACACACACACACACACACUGUAGUAUGAAACAUGUAAAGGUUUUUGUUUGUAGGGAAAAUUGCAUUACUGCAUCAUGAGCAUCGUAUUUAGCGAAAUUUGUUACGUUUAAUCACUGUUUUCCGCUUUCCGCACGUUCGGAACCGAAGCGUUGUUGUUAGCCGUGUUUUAUUUUUGUUGAUAAUUCUUGAUCAAAACAAGGGACUCUCUCUCUCUCUCUCUCUCUGCAGGUCCUAUGCAUGUGGAGAGUUGUCUGCUUCCGAUGAAGAGGAAGAAAAGAAUAAUCAGAAGCAGAUGUGAAAACUGCAUCGAUCGGUUUCAGUGCGUUACGCGGUUUGGGGUUCCGUACUAAUCCGGAUCCGAAGUUGUGGAACGCUUUUCCAUUGUUUCCGGUGAUAUCGAAUCUGAACACUUGCUGAGCUGUGUGUGUGUGUGUGUUCCUGCUAUCUUUUGAAUGCGCUCGCAUGUAUGCGUGUGUGUGUUGUGUUGUUCUAUUGUCAAAAGGCAUUUAAAAAUACCACACCAUACACAUGUGUCCCAAACUAACUUCAAUGUAACUGUUCGCCCCACUCAUUUUAUUCUAAAAACAAAGUCUCUCUAUCUCUCAAUCUCUCUCUCUCACACACACACACACACUUUUACUAUCGGUCUGUCUUGCUGUCCUUUUAACCGUAAUCACGUGGUAAAUGUUUGUGAUAGAGUUCCAAAGUGAUAAUUAACAAAAAUAAAUGAAGCAAAAACAGAAAAGUGCAAAACGUUUGGUAACGAAAGGCAAAGCAAUGACAGUGUACACACCAUGGCAGCUUCCUUUCUCAUUUGGAUGCUUGCAAAAGUGUGUGUGUGUGCGCGAAAAACGCAUUGAAACAAUUCCUUCUACGCUGUUUAAUAGGAAGAGAGGGAAAACCGGAAAGGAAACAAAACUUCUCCGCCCCUCCGUCUGGCGUCGGUAUAGGGAGAAUCGUUAAGCAGCAUCACCUACAGGAACAGUGGAUAGCUCCCUCAUUAUGUGUGCGUACGUGAUGGUUUGCUUGUUGUGCCCGCGGACAGCACACUUCGUGUUAGUAAAUGCAAUGCAAAACAAAACCAACAACAAAAAAUGCAUAUUUUUCGCGUUACCUUUUUUGAUCGUUAGCCCAGUUUAUUGAAAAGCGUUAAGAAUGUAAUGAAAAGCAAAUAAAUACAUAACUAAACAUAAUAAUGAGAUUGCAAACAAACAUGUUUUAACUUUAGCGACAUAAAAAAAAAACAAAGCAUCAGAAGCAGCGGCAGCAAGUACUUAAGCACUUUAUCAAUGAAGUAAUCAUACAAAAGAGCGAGAGAAAGGAGAAAAACGAACCCAUUGAAACACGCAAACACAGAUACACAGACAAACACAUCAUCCCAAAACCAUCGUUGACAAAUGCAGACAAUUUACUCACAUUCGUGUGAACAGAAAAAGGAAAGUAAACACACCUUCAAGAGCCACACGUUACAGCACAGACACACUCGUGUGCUCGGGGUGGAUAUAGCACGAACAAGGCGAGAAUGAGAAAACAAAAGCAUAAUAAACAUGUAAAACAUUUAGAAGCAGAAACGUACACAACGUCAUUGGCAGUAGUGAAUGCAAGUGUGAAGUAAAAUGUAUAUUUAGAUUGAAGCAAAUACCAUAGAUAAACGAAACAGAAAACACACAAACACACAAAACACGACAACAACAGCAAAUAGAAUGGAGUAAAGCAAAGCAAAACCGAACGAGAAACUUUAGCAUUAUUGUUAUAUAUAUACAAAAUUAUUGCUUCAAAUUCGUUGAAAGUUAAAGUACGAAAUAAUUAGCAAAAAAUGGAUGAAAUCAUCAACAAAAAUGUAAAACCAAAGUUUCAAAGCUAGAACAGCCCCGGAAGAAAAUGAAAACGAUAUGAACUCAUCGAAAAAGAGCACCAACUGCUCUGAUCUCUCAAACGCAUACACACAUACACGUUCACUAGAAAAAAAAAACAAAAACCGAGUGGCGUCUGUGGAAAAAAGGUGCAAGCGGUUGGGAAGUUAAAAGAUAAAAAUGUCAGAAACAGCUGGAAUACACCAGGACGACGAUACAAUUCGCGAUGGAUCGUAUGAUGGUGGACGUCGAAGGAUCUUGUUUGCUCAUACGUGUAACUGGCACGAAACAACACGAACCCCGUUGAGCUCACUAGCCACCCACCGCCAUGCAGGAGGAGUAGAAUAUUGAAACAGGAAAUCGGGUGAAAAUAUAGCGCUCAUCAUCAUGCUAAUGUUCGAAUAAACUUCCCGUUUUUUUUUCGUUUUUUUUUCUUUGUUAUGCUGAAUGGUCGAAAAAGAGAUUGGAUGCAGGGUUUUUUGUUUUGUUUUUGGUAGGAUCUUAGUGUAUGUUGUGUAUGUUACAGGCACCUAUAAAGAAGGGCACCUGUUGGGCUCUUUUUUCAAUGUUCACUCAUGUGUCACUAUCUACUCGCCUAAUGUUCUGUUUCACCUUUGUGUACCGUGUUUUGCUAUUGCUGUCGUAUGUCACUGUGUUUAUCUGUGUUCCACCAUCGUCGUGUCUGUCGUGUGUGUAUUGCUUCUCUUUUUAUACAUUUUAGCUUCCUUUCUUCUCUAUUCUUUCCCCCUUGAUGAUGAUCGAUCGUGGAUACCGAUCAAUACACACAAACACACACACACACACACAUCCAAAACAAACAAACAAACACAAAAAAACAUCGAAUUGCAGCAUCUUCAAGUGCACUUCCGAAAAGAGCGAUAGUAGUAAAAAAAAAAUACCCCCGAAAGAAAGAAAAAGCUAAAGUAAAGCUUAGAAGAACUUACAAAUUGAAACGAGUGAUAAUUGCAUUGGUGGAAGAUGGUUAUUCUCUAAGCCACUUCUCCUGUCGAUCUGUCGAUCAGCUCAUUGUUUAUUCAGUGUGUAUCUGUGUGUAUCUGUGAGUGUAAUCUUCCCCUCCCGCACUGUGCAACAACAAAUGGUUACGCAGGCGCGACUAUUUUUCGAUAUGUGUGAAAUGUUUCACAGAUAGUAUACAUGGUCGUGAAAUAUUUCAACUGCUCUUUACUUCAAGAUGGCGGCAAACUGCUCGCCUGCUUGGUGCUGCAAUUCAAAUUCAGCAAUAACAUGGCUUGGCUUACCUACUUCUGUGUACGUGUGUUCUCCUUCCCUGCUCUCCGUCUGCUCACGUAAGCACACUCACACACACACACACAUAAACACACACGCACUUACACUUACAUACGCAUACUAGCACACGUUGGUGCAAUUGAUGUCAUGUUGAUUGUUUUAGGUUUUUUGUUCGUUCAUAUAUAGUUAAAUACGAUCAAUGUGUAAAAGAGCAAUAAUAUAUUACAAUCGAUAUAAUCGGGUUUCCUGCGAAAGGGAAACAUAAUAUAAUGUUACGUUAAAAUAUGAAACAGGAAAAUAGAAGUAAAAACUACAUGGAAUCCCAUCAAACACACGGGCGCUACCAAACAUGCAAACACAUACACGUGCACAACAACUACAAAAAACGGUGACACAUUGAAGGCACACAUUGAAAGUUGAAAUAACUGUAGCUCUCUUUCUAUCUGGUUUAUUUUUCCCCCUAAAUGUUUCUGUUCAUCCUGUUCCCUGCAUUUCCAUCCUCUUCUCCUUCUAUCUGCAUCCUUCGCUUUACUUAUUGAUCGUCCUGUAUAUGUGUGUGAGUGUAUGUGUGAGCGUGUGCCUGUGUAUGUGCUAGUAGCGAAUGUAUAUUAUAAACAAAAACGAAACAAACAUAGACGUUGCAAAAAAUAAGACACGAAUUAAAAUGAAACGAAUCUAACACGUUGCAUCAACUCACUGUAACUGCUGCUUAAUAAAAACAGAACAAAAUAACUACAGUAAACAAAUGACAAACUACAUCUCUACAUCAACAAAGCGUAAAUGUGCACACAUUUACACAGAUGUUGUUCACACUACACACCGGAUAAAGCAAUACUUGACAAGAGCUAACACUAAUAAUCAUAGUAAAACGUGUACCAGUAUACCUUUACAAACAUUCACACCAUCCGAACGCGAUCAGUCUCUAAACAUACUCGCCAACACACACACAUACACACACACACACAUCCACAUACACUCAAAAUCAGUCAAUCGUGUGCGAGAAGCGUAUUUAUCUUUCUCUCUAUCUCACUCUUUAAAUCACAUUUAUCUAGCUUAAGUGGAAGAAAACCAAACAGAGGAUUGAAAGAAAGAAACUAGAAGAAAAAACUAGUGGAAAAGCAAUGUAGUAAAGUAAAUAGAAUAUGCAGUAGAAAAAAAAAACAAACAAAAAGGCACGGGAGGAUGGUGAAAGUAACGGCUGAAAAUAAUGGCAUAAUAUUUACUUUACAUUAAUCAAUCGAAUAAGCUACAUUAUUGUACAUCCAUUAUUGGUAUCUUUGGUUCUUACUUACAUAUAUUUUGUUUUUGGUGAAAUGGUUAUAGUUUACGUUGAUUAUGAUUACCUAGCUACUAAGCUAUUUAUUAUAAUUCAUCAUUGAAUUACAUUUUUACGUAAUCUAUUACAAUACCAUUGGUACUAUUAUAUUAUUCGAUAUCUUAUUCACUUUUAAAAGAGUCAGUUCAAAAUUGCACCCCUUUUUGAAAAAGAGAGCUUUUGUUAGUAUGAUUCAAAAGAAAUGCAAGUUUAUAGUUUUUUCCUAACUAUUUUAUUGUACACGCUGCUUCAACAACCUCCCUUGAAAUAUAGAAGAAACAAAACUAUAUAAAUAUACAUAACCAUAUACAUAUAUACUACAUAUAUGAUCAUGUUUAAACCCCACUACUAUUAAAACAAAACACACUCACAAACACCCAUCAUCAGAGUACAGUAAGUACGCCAAUCAGCUCAUGUGUGAAUGUGUCUGUGUGUGGGUGUGUAGUCAUGCUUUAAUCCCAGUAGGCUCCUCACUCACGCGACACUCUCACGUCUACCGCUGCAUAAACAAACAUAAGCACUAAACGACUAAACCAUUUCAAUCCUGGCAUUUGCUUCCAGAUUUCCUAACACAAACACACGAUAGACACAGCAAAGUGAAAGUGAAGUAAAAAUGUUAGACAACUAAACAAGCUGAACAAAUCUUUGAGGGUAAGCAGGGUUUGCAGAAAUAUAUUGAAUGCAAUUGAUCACCAAAAUGAACCAACUAGGCAAACAAACUAUACAAACAAACAAACAGCAUACAGCAACAAACAACAACAACAACAAAAACACAUUAACAACAGCAACCAGUAGGACGCAUCUUCAAUACAAUGAACAACAAUCAUCAACAUCACCACCACAACAACCACCAACAAGGCAUUAGGCGUCGUUUGUUUAUAAUUGUUAAAAGAAAAGAAAAAUGGUUUAAUGAACAAACAAAAAAAAAGAAACAGCGUUACACAUUGAAAAUGAGAUUAAGAAAUUAAGGAAUAAAAACACAGAAGAAAAAACUGUUGAAAACACUCAA